AUGAGCAACGCAUUACCCGUUUUCCUCAUUCUUAUCAUCUGUGUGGCAGCUUUGCACGCAAAUGCAUCGUCGGAAGAGGCUAGAUUCAGAGAGUUAAUGCGAUCCCGGAGGAGCAGCAAUGGCUACGGCGUGCAUGAGCAAGAAGUGUACUCUGUCUCGGACCAGAGCAAUCUGAAGGCUGCCGACAAGAUCGCGGCGCUUCCCGGCCAGCCGGAGGGCGUCAGCUUCAGCCAGUACGGCGGGUACGUCACCGUCGACGAGAAGAACGGCCGCGCGCUCUUCUACUACUUCGUCGAGGCGACGACUGGCGCGGCGGCGAAGCCACUCCUCCUGUGGCUCAAUGGAGGUCCGGGGUGCUCGUCAGUUGGCUAUGGAGCAAUGAUAGAGCUGGGCCCAUUCAGGAUAAACAGCGAUAACAAAACGCUGAGCAGAAAUGAGUUCGCGUGGAAUAAUGUGGCUAAUGUGCUCUUCCUGGAGUCGCCUGCCGGUGUUGGAUUUUCCUACUCCAACACAUCUUCUGACUACGACAGGAGCGGCGACCAAAGGACAGCCGAUGACUCAUACAUCUUCCUGGUGAAUUGGCUUGAGAGAUUCCCCGAGUACAAAGGCCGUGCCUUCUACAUCUCCGGGGAGAGCUACGCAGGACACUAUGCUCCACAGCUUGCUGCGACCAUCCUGAGUCACAACAUAGACAGCAAGAGAAUGAUCAUAAACCUGCAGGGUGUAUUGGUUGGCAACCCUUGCCUUGAUGAGUUCAAGAACCUGAAGGGGCAAAUUGACUACUUGUGGAGCCAUGGGGUGAUAUCGGACGAGGUACUUGCCAACAUUACCAAGAACUGCAAGUUCAGUCCGUCAGACGGUAAACAAUGCUCUGAUGCUAUGAACGCAUAUGACUCUGGUAACACUGAUCCCUACGACAUAUACGGCCCAGUUUGCAUUAACGCACCCGAUGGAAAAUUCUUCCCCAGCCGCUAUGUGCCAGGGUAUGAUCCAUGCAGCAAUUACUACAUCCACGCUUACCUCAACGAUCCUGUGGCACAGAAGGCUGUCCAUGCCAGAACGACAACUUGGUUAGGCUGCAAAAACUUGCAUUGGAAAGAUGCACCGGUGUCCAUGGUACCAACGCUGAAGUGGUUAAUAGAGCACGAACUGCCGGUGUGGCUGUAUAGCGGCGACCUCGAUUCCGUGUGCCCGCUCACCGCCACGAGGUACUCUGUCAGUGACCUCGGCCUCGCCGUCACCGAACCAUGGCGCCCAUGGACAGCAAACAGAGAGGUCGGAGGGUAUGUUCAGCAAUUUGCAGGUGGCCUUGUGUUCAUCUCUGUCAGGGGAGCCGGCCAUCAGGUUCCUUACUUCCAGCCCGAGAAGGCACUCAUCGUCGUCAGCUCCUUCCUGAAAGGAGUGCUCCCGCCCUAUGCCAAGGAGCAGUAA